UUAGUAAUUAAAAGUAAUUCGUUCGCGAGUGGGGCUGUUUAAUGCUUUCUUAAUGCCUCAUGCCAGUGUGACGUUGCGUGCUGAGUCGUGAGGUUGUGACGGAGCGUCCGUUUGGAGUACAUACAGUUGAACAUCGUAGCCCGUCUUAAAACGAUCAACAAUGUCGAAGAAAAGUGCGCUAGAAGUCGAAGCUGCCGGCCAGAAUCCGACUGAAACCACUCCGCUAGUUUCUAGAACGGGUGUGGACACGAGUGAUGGCGCGGGCGGUUCGAGCAAGGCGGGCGGGUCCGGCCCAGGGCUCUCCGUGCGACAGACGGCAAUCCUGGUUGCAGGCGAGAUGGCUGGUAGCGGAGUGUUAGCGCUUCCACGGGCCCUCGUUAAGACAGGAUGGGUGGGUGUGCCGUUGAUAAUCGCGAUGGCGUUGGCAGCUGCCUUUAGCGGGAAGCGGCUUGGUGAUUGCUGGACCAUGUUGGAGAAUCGCCAUCCCGAACUCAGAACCCGAAACCGACACCCGUAUGCCAUCAUAGCCAACGAGGCUUUGGGGCCCAUCUGGAGUGUGGUGGUAUUCGUUUGCCUGAUGGUCACUCAAUUCGGCAUGUCUGUGGUAUACCUCCUGCUGGCGGCACAGCUUAUCGAGCAGAUCUUCCUGUCGCUAAUGCCCAACGUCACCAUUUGCAUCUGGUACCUGGUGGUUGGCUGUGGUGUGACGCCUUUCCUGCUGUUCGGAACACCUAAAGAUUUCUCCAAAUUGGGUCUGGUGGCGUUUGUGACCACAGUCUUGGCGUGUCUGUUCUACUUCAUCCAGAUGAUGAACGAUAUAAAGCCUUUCGUAUUCCGAUGGGGUAUCCACGGCUUCACGGACUUCUUCCUCGCUUUUGGAACCAUCAUGUUUGCUUUUGGAGGCGCCUCCACCUUCCCCACCAUUCAGAACGACAUGAACGAUCGUUCCAAGUUCAACACUAGUCUCAAGUACAGCUUCUCAGCCAUACUGGUGUUGUACCUGGUGAUAGCGAUAUCGGGGUACGCGGUAUACGGUGAGGCAGUAGCGCCCAAUAUAGCAGCGUCUCUCUCGGCCACUGCACUGACGCUAGUUGGCAACGUGCUGAUGAGUAUUCACCUGCUUGCAGCUUUCGUCAUCCUCAUCAACCCUGUUUGCCAACAUGUAGAAGAGGUCGUUUACCGUGUGCCUACAGAGUCUGUGGGUUACCGCACUCUGGUGCGUCUGUCAGUGAUGGCCGGCAUCCUGUUCCUGGGUGAGAGUAUUCCUCGCUUCUAUACGAUCCUGGCGCUACUCGGCGGUACCACGCUAGCACUCAUCACCUUCGUAGUGCCCUCCUACUGCUACCUCAAUUUGCUCGCCAAGGAACCAACCGGAACCCCUGCAUCUGUGGCUUCAUCGAACUGGACCAAACUGUUCUGCUGGCAAGUUAUAGUUGUGGGAGUUGUAGGGGGCGCCUUUGCAGCAUACAGUGCCCUGAGCGCAAUCUUUAGCACCGCCCAGGCUGUUCCCUGCUACUUGCGGUAGAUCUGUGCUAUCGGCUCGCCUAAUAAAUUAAGCAUAGUUAUCGAAGGGUUCUUUACAUUGCACGACACUUUAUAUUAUAAAUGGAAUCUUCAAACGGCAUGCUUUGACGCGGGGUGUGAUCUUUGCCGGCAGUCAAUAAAUUUUAAAUUGGACGAGAUUUUUAAAAUGUAUCAAAUUUAUGAAUUGUAUAAUUUAGAUUCUGUUUCUCUCGUUUUGUUGCAAGGUUUUACGUUUAUAAAAUUUUCAGUUAAUGUUUCGUCUAAUAGUUUUGUCUCUCUAUUGAUUUUCUGCUGUAUUGAAGCGAGCCUCCAUCUCGUACUAUGAAAUGUAAUUAAGAAUGUAAUGAUUUAAAAUAAUAUAAGAUUUUUAAUAAUAAGCUUCUGUUAAAUAUUAGUUUAAUGUUAGCUUAUGUAAUUUUCGUAAGGGCAUUAUUAUAAUCAAACUGUCAAUAAAUAUAUCGUGUUUAAGUGUGUAUGCCUUACAGUGCAGAUAUUAUUUUUAUUUGUGCAACAAUUUCUACUUGUUUUUGAAUAAAACAGAUAGUAAUUAAAUAUUUUGGUCUGGU